AUGGGCAGCUCGACUGUAACCCCCGGCCAGGGGUACCAGCACCAGCCAGCCCAGCAGCAGCAGCGCCAGCAGACUCAGACGCCUCCUCUCUCACCGAGCUUGAGCUUCGCCCCAGAUUCCCCGUCAACACCUCGAGCAGCGACGACACUCACAGCAACCCCGACGCCUCGCACCACCAGCAAUCCUCGCCUCUCCGUCGACCGAAGAGACGCCCUGUACGCUGUGGGACCGGCCUCCCCCCCAAAGAACCACAGUCCUCUUCGCCAAUCCACCACCAUCUCCUAUCAAGACCACCACGCUGGCCGUCCAGACUUGCCGCCGUUUCUGAAGCCGAGGCACAAUACCAAGCUUCCUAGAGGCCACUCGAGGUCCCGAUCUGAAGUCGCAAACAACGCGACCACCAGCAACACUACAAGCAACAUUCCUUUACCGAUCGGGCAAGCCCCCGAAACAUCGUCAAUCGUCGCUUCGACACCAGCCUCUUUGCACCCUCAAGACUCCCGCAAUCCGCCGUCCUCUGCGACGCGUCGCACCUCGCUUGGAGAAGUCGGUCAGGAUAGACGCGUGUUAGACCUAAACGAUAGCAGCAGCAGCAGCAACAACAACAACAGCCAUACCGCUGCUUCCCCCUCCUCUCCCUCGUCCGUCCGCAGUUCUGCCCUUUCCUUUAUCGCCUCCAGGAUGCCGGCCAUGAAAGCGCUCGCCCCCGCGCCCGUCGUGGUGUCCAAGAGCGACGACGAGCUUCUCAACCUCAACAUCGAAGCGUCGCUCUUCCCCAACGGCGCCCCGCCGGACGGACAGGCCUUCUCGCCGGCGGCCUUCAAGAACCUGCAGCAGACGGCAACCGGCCUGCUGAAGAAGUUUCAAACUGCCUACCACCGCCAGGCGCAGACGAUCCAGGAGCUAAUGGCUGAAAAGGAGGCGCAGGACGACGAAAAGGCAGAGGCCGACACGAGAACGCGACACCUCAAGAUGCAGCUGGAAGGCAUGGCGCAGAAGCUGGCCGACACCGAGGGCGUGAUGCAGGCGCUGAUGGAGGAGCUGAACAAGGAGAAGAGGCUGCGGAUGGAAGAGCGAGCAAACGCCAGAGACAAGUUUUUGACGCCGUCGGAGGGGUCGAUAUCCGAGGACCUGUGCGUCGAGGAGGAUCAGCAACAGCGCAAGCGAGGAUGGAGGCGUAGUGGUGAGACUUCCAAGACCGACUUCAGCUUCGAGACGGAUGAAGAUAGCGUCGAAGCUGCCAGCAUCUUCUCUCGCCCUCGCAGCCCUACCCUUACGGCGCUAAGCGUCAUAUCCGAUGUAGAAAGCCCUGCGCCGCCUGGCCCGCCGUCGAGGACAUCCACCUUUGGAGGAGGAGCAAAUGGCCCGGCCCCGUCUCGCGUGCUCCGGGGCUCUCAGCCGCCGCAAAUGACUACCUUUCAGAAGCUGUUCAAGGGCAUCUCCGGGGACCCCAACAGGGACAUCAACGGGUGCCGCAACUGCCAGGGCCAGGACGCCAGCAUCGCCUGGGACACUGUGGGCCUCUUGAAAGCCGAGAACAAGACGCUCAAGGAGAGGGUCAGCGAGCUGGAGGUGGCCGUCGAGGAGGUCCUGGACGUCGUCAACGGCGUCGGGCAAUAA